AAUAAUAAUAAUACAGCACGAUUUUGGUAUACGAACAAUCACGAUCAGUAAUGAUUGCGAUUGAAAAACAUAACAAUUAAAAUAGAAUAGAUAAAAAAAAUCGAGUUCUAAAUUUCACGAUUAUUUCGUUGAAAUCAAGUGAGCGCAUUUAAUAAUUUAACAUUAAUGCGAAAAUUGUUCAGUUCGUUUUCGAAUAUGAAAUUGCUGGUAAACACCAUUCAGCCAACUGGUAAAACACAUUCGGGAACAGUGAUUUUCUUUCACGGUUCAGGUGAUACCGGUAGCAAUUUAAUGGAAUGGAUUCGUUUUCUUAUUGGCAAAGAUAUGCAAUUUCCACAUCUGAAAGUCAUCAUACCAACCGCACCAGUACAACCAUACACACCGUUAGAUGGCGAACCCAGUCAUGUGUGGUUCGAUCGUCUUGCAAUCUCGAAAAAGGCCAAAGAAUGCCAACCAUCGAUGGAGAAUGCCUACGAAUAUGUUAAAGAUUUGAUCAACAUUGAAAAGGAUUCUGGAAUACCCGCCAAUCGUAUUGUCAUCGGUGGAUUCUCGAUGGGAGGUGCCUUGGCAUUGCAUGCCGGUUUUCAUGUGAAUCAAGAUUUAGCCGGAAUAUUUACGGCUUCAUCAUUUUUGAAUGAUGAUUCAAUUGUGUUCGAAACGUUGCGUAGCCGACAAAACGAGCAAAAACCAUUACCAAAAUUAUUAAUGUAUCACGGCGAUCGCGAUUCGUUGGUGCCACUAUCUUGGGGAAAAGAGACUUACGAUAAACUAAUCGCAUUGGAUGCAUCCGGUGAAUUUAAAACGUUGAAGAAUACAUUGCACGAACUGAAAGCGAAAGAAUUACUUGAAAUCCAAGAAUGGAUUUUGAAAUUGGUGCCUCCAUUGGAGAAUGAUAUUCCAAACAAAUUAUAGAAUUAAUUAAUUGAACAAACGUAGAAAAUGUUUUUAUUGUAUUGUUACCCUAUGGUUUUUGAAGAGAAUCAUUGAAUUAUUUAUUAAAAAUGAUGAAUAAAAUCCGACUUUAAAAAACCAUCA